UGCUUUCUACCAGCACAGAGAAGAAGAAAGCUUCAUGUGGAGAAAGAAUCACCUGAUUGUUUUUGUCAGAUUUUAAACUAAUCCUCAGUUGAAACCCCGCAGCUGAAGCAUGUCGUGGAGGUGUAGUGUCCCCGGCUGUGGGAAACGCAAUCAGGCCAAAGCUAAAGACGUGGUUAUUCACCGUUUCCCUGAAAAAGACUUGGAGCUGUGCAGUAAAUGGUUAGCGGCUAUCGGCAGAGAUGGGACUAAAACCGAGAGGAAAUACGCGUCUUUACGGGUGUGCAGCCAGCACUUCAGUCCUGACGACUAUCAGAGGGAUCUGAAGGCGGAAUUAUUGGGAUGUCCGCCAAAAAAGGUUUUAAAGAAAACAGCAAUUCCGACUAUUUUCCACACAAAACGAAAGCAAGGCAGAAGACCCUCUCAGACUCUCAAUAAAACUCAACCUCAGGUGUCAUCUGAAAAAGAAAACGCACCAACUCCACUCUCAACAUGUUCUGAGUUGGAAGAGAUGUCAUGGCUUAAAGCUAUUAAAAGCCUUCAGAUUUCUCAAGGAUCUAACAUUUUUAAGAGUCGUGAGGUGAUUGUGAACACACAGUGUCUGCUGGAGCUUUUCCAGUUCUGCUGGCGUUGUCAGAAAGAGUGCUGUAUUACCAUUGAGGGCAACGAGAGGCAGUUUUCAGUCACGCAGGACUGUCAGAGUUGUGGACACCACAGAGACUGGAGGAGUCACCCGCCUUCAGCCGAACCUGCACAGACCUUUCAUAAAGAGGUAGAACAUACACGGAAGCACGAAGAGGUUGUGAUUCAGACUGGGUCUUCAGGUAACAAGUGCAAUAAGCAGAGCCAUGACCAAGUGUUCACUGGAAAGGACGGGUCUUAUUUAUCUAGUGAUGAUGAAGAAGAAGCAAGUCUGCAGGAAGAGGAAAUUAAGAGGAAAAAGAGGAAAUCUAAGGGGCAGGACAGUUCAGAUGAGCAAGAACUGCAUUUAGAUGAAGAGGCCACAGACUCCGAUGUGUCCAUGGAUGAAGAUCUGUUCACAGCUUUAAAGGAGGACAGUCAGGGUAACCUUGUGGUGUGGUGUACACAAUGUGGGACUGAGGCCUCGCUCUCCUGUUCUGUCCUUCGACACAAAAAGGUGUUCUGCUGCGCUCGGUGUGGUGCAGGUGACGACAUUCAAACACGUAAUAUUGAAUCACUUCCUGUUCGGUUUGAUGACGUCGCCGGGUUUCAGAAACAUGCUGAACAGGAGCACGGAGCCAAACCUUUCUAUAUACUGUGUCAGGACUGUGGCAAGUUUGUUACAGCAAAAAAAGAGCAUGUAUGUGAACAUAAAAUCAAAUUUAUCGUCUGUCCGGAGUGCGGGAAAAGGUUCCUCACCGAGGGCGGUCUAAAGACGCACCACACUCAGCUCCAUUCGGAUUACGAUCACCCGUGUAAAUACUGUCUGAAGGUCUUCAAAACCAAGUCUGCGAAACUGGAACACGAGCAGACUCAUCCUAAAGAAAGUCAACCAUACCGCUGUCCAGAUUGUCCAGAGAAGUUUGACAACAUUCACAAACGCAAUAACCAUGUCAAGUCCCACCGAGGUCCACAUAAAUAUGUGUGUGAUGUAUGUGACAAAGGCUUCAGGGAUAUUAACAGGCUGAGGAGGCAUAAGCUCAUCCACUCUGGAGAAAAGCCUUUCAAAUGCCAAGUGUGUGAGCGGUCCUUCAACCGAAUGGAAAACCUUGGUGCCCACAUGCGGGUCCACACUGGAGAGAGGCCUUUUACAUGUGAGCAAUGCGGAGAGUCGUUCAGUCACAACAUCAGCCUGAAGAACCACAAGCAACGACACCAUGACUCGAGUUUGACUCAAGAGAAAGAAGUGCUAAAUGAUGUAGAGAAUACGGUGAUGAAUACACAGGUAGAGGUUCCAUAACUGUUAUGACUUUGGUCCAGGCUCUAAACAUGAACAGUAUAUCUCUACGGAAAUCCCAAAGAAACUGAAGAUCAGUCUGACUUUUUCUAUCUGCAGACUAUGUGAUAAUUUUGAAAGCAGCUCUGUUUGCUAUCCCUGUACUAACUUAAUGGUAUUUAUAGAGCAUGGCCUGUGUACUGUGUACCAACAUGACUGAAUGUUUAUUCAUGAGCACUGCUGCAGUGAUUUUGUAAGACACUUGAAUAAAGCAAACAUUUUUAAGCAA